AUGGGCCCCUCGGACUCACCUUACGCAGGUGGCGUUUUCUUCUUGUCUAUCCAUUUUCCCACUGAUUAUCCCUUUAAGCCACCAAAAGUGAACUUUACCACCAAGAUUUAUCAUCCGAAUAUUAAUUCGAGUGGUAACAUUUGUCUGGACAUCCUAAAGGACCAGUGGUCUCCAGCGCUAACCCUUUCAAAGGUUCUUUUGUCUAUUUGCUCCCUUUUAACAGAUGCUAACCCUGAUGAUCCCUUGGUUCCUGAGAUUGCUCAAAUAUACAAAACAGAUAAGGCUAAGUACGAAGCCACUGCUAAGGAGUGGACGAAGAAAUAUGCUGUUUGA